CUUACCUGAGCCCAUGCCUGCCUUCUUCUCCACUCCAUCGCUUGGGUGAAGCCAAGAUGAAGUUCACAAUUGUCUUUGCCGGACUGCUUGGCGUCUUCCUGACUCCUGCCUUUGCUGACUAUAAUAUCAACAUCGGCGAUAACAACAACAGCGGUGGAAGUGGGCAGCAGACAGUGAGCGUCAACAAUCAACACAACGUGGCCAACGUGGACAACAACAACGGCUGGGACUCCUGGCACUCACUCUGGGAUUACAACACUGGCUUUGCUGCAACCAGACUCUUUAGCAAGAAGGUAUGCAUUGUGCACAGAAUGAACAAGGGUGCCAUGCCCUCUCUUCAAGCCCUGGACACAAUGGUCAAGGAAAAGAAGCUUCAGGGUGAAGGACAAAGGGGACCACCUCCCAAGGGCCUGAUGUACUCAAUCAGCUCUAACCCAGUCAACAACCUGGAUGAGUUUGGAGGACCCAUCGCUGGCAUGUGCAAUCAGGUUCCAACAUACAUGGCUGAUGAGAUUCAAGGGGCAAGCCUGUUUUUCUUCUCAGGAAAGUGCUUCAAUGCUAAUGUACUCUGGAUUUUGAACAUUUCCUUCUGUGGAAAAACAGUGGAAAACUAAAAAAAAAAAGUAGCUGUGGAAUACCAGUUGCAGUAGAAUAUCAGAACAUUCUAUAUAGAAAAAUGUGGGCUGUAAUGGUUUAUAUCAUGUCAUUCUGAAAC